AUGAAAGCAAAUAGAGAAUUAUCAAAGAUCAAGGUCGAACCUUUUUACAAGAUAGGUGAUAAAGUAGAAACGAUUAAGGAUGAUUCAGGUGCUUGGUUCAGUGCUGAUAUAAUUGAUAUAUCACCCAGUUCGAAAUGUGAUUGUCAAGAUGAUUGUACCUGUACUUACAAACUACUUUUUGAUGGGGAUGAGGGUGGAGAAGUGGAAAUUGUCGACAGAAAAUUAUGGCAAAUACGACAAGUGUCAUAUUCAUCGAUUGAUUGGGAUAAAUUAAAAGUCGGCAUGAAAGUUGUCAUCAAUUAUAAUAUAGAAAAACCUAAACAGUGGGGAUAUUGGUAUGAUUAUUUCAUUGAAAACUAUCAAAAAAGGAAUGACACGGUUUACUUAGAAGGAAUAUUAUUGGUCGGUUACGAUGGUAGUUCCAAGAAAAUACCUGUUAAAAUCGAUUCAGAUAAUGUUUCAGAUGUUUUAGAAAUUAGGCCGCAUGCAACAUUAAAAGAAAAAGAAGGGGAAGGUUAUGAAACGGGUGUCAAACCUGAAUAUUGUAAGAAAUGUAGAAACAAACCGAAAGUCAAUUGUAAAACAUGUUGCUGUUGUAAAUGCGGAAAUAAAAAAGAUUUCGAAUUGACUGUUCAAUGUGACGAAUGUGAUUGUUGGUAUCACAGUUAUUGUGUCGAUCCACCCCUGAAAACAUUACCAGAUGAUGAAGAUUGGUAUUGUCCAAAGUGUAAUAACGAAACACGCAGAGCUAAAUUGGAGUUAAAAAAUAAAAUUAAAAAACAAAAAAAAGAGGAAAAGGGUAAAAAACCACGUUUGGAUGUACAAACUUCGCCAUUGAAAAAUAAAUCAAAAGGAAAAAUAAAUAACAAAUCGGAAAAUAUAGAACGUCGUAAACAAUUCGAUGACGAAAAGGUAAUUAAAGAAAUACCAAAAAAUGGUAAAAUUUGGAACGAUGUAGAAAAACAUUUUUCAAAUUAUGAAAUAUUACGCGUGUUUGUCGAAGCCGUUAAAAAGAAAAAUCAAAAUGAUGAGGGGGAUGAUGAUGAUGAUGACGUCAUCAUCAAUUCGAAUUUUGAAGAAUUGAUAAAAAACGAUGAGGGAAAUGUUCAUUUGUGGGAAGAAGCCAAACAAAGUAUUGAAAACGGUUAUGAAGCCUUUGUGGAAACCGUUAAAAGAAUAUUUACUUGCCCCAUUUGUUGCGACGUUUUAAAUGAUCCAAUUACUUUGAGUUGCAAACAUAGUUUUUGCAUCGAUUGUUUUUUCAGAUCUUUGAGCGUUAACGUUUACAACUGUCCGAUUUGUAGAGUUCACGUUAUACACACUCAACAUUAUGGCGUUAAUGAAAACCUGAAAAAAGCAUUGGACGUUAUAUUAAAAAGAAAAACGAGUAAAAAAAUCGACGCGGUUUAA